AUGCCAGUUACUAAGAAUUCAAAAAAACGAAAUAUCUCGCGACGGAAGGAUGGAAAGGCACAAAGAGAGCUGGAAGAUAUUAUAUGUUUGUUUAAGGAGACAGAUGCGGAAAGUUUUCCUAUUUUCGUGGCCCGUGAGCUCCAUAAAUUACCACCCGUGACAUUUGACCACAUAGAUGCAACCCGAGUGUUAAAGGAUCUGAUCAUUCUGCAGGAGGAGAUUAAGCUUAUUAAAUCCAACUAUGUUACAAAAGAAAUGCUGCAGGUGCAUAACGUGGAUAUGGCCUCACCCAAAUGUCAGAGCUCACCGAGUGACCGGUCACCACAGCCGCCACCGGCUAGUUGCUUUAAAAAUGUAAAUAAAAGAAGAGGAGCGUCGAACGCGAACAUCUCCAUAUGUUUGGAUAGUGGGCCUGAAGGGCUGCUACACAUGGUGAAUACUAAGAAUACUACUCAUUCAGAGGGCGAGGGCGGCGGUGCCACGAUUUCGUCACAACUGACGUGUGAGGGUGCGCCUCCUGGCCGUCAGCCCCUUCGGCCGGUACCGGAACUGGUCUCGACGAAUCGAGGUAGUGAUGGAGUGUGUCCUGUGGCUACUAUGGCUGACGUGGUCCGAAAGGAAGGAGACUGGAAGCGGAGGGAGUCACCGGAGGAGUGGACGGAAGUGAGACGACGAAGGUAUAGGAACCGCUUUGAAGGUAAGACUGGAAAGGCCCCUAGUGAGCAGAAUUGCAAGUUUAGGGCAGCUGAGACUAAGGUGCCGUUGUUUAUAUCGAAUGUGCAUAAAGAUACCACUGAAAAAGAUAUUAUAGACUACAUACAUAGUAAUACUCAGGAAGUAGUGCAGCUAGAAAAAAUAAAUAUGAAGAUAGAUAAAGGCUACAAUUCAUAUAAAGUAUGGGUGUCUAAAGGCAAAAGGAAUCUGUACUUAAAUGAUACGUUAUGGCCGGAGGGGAUUUCCUUCCGUAAUUUUAUAUAUUUUAGACACAGUAUAGCUGCGAAUACGGUUCCUUUACAAACUUAAAUGGCCAGUAAGAACUACGUAAAUAAGAUUAUUAGUUAUAAUUGUAAAAAUGUCAAGACUUCUGUCCAUGAAAUAAGACAACUCUGCCAUGAAGUGGAUAUUAUAGCGUUGCAGGAGACUUGGUUGUUGCCCUACGAUAUCUCUUUCUUGGGUCAGAUACACGAUGACUUUGAAUUUCACGGAAAAUCAGCUGUUGACAUCACAUCGGGCAUAUUGCGCGGCCGGCCGCAUGGCGGCGUUGCGGUUCUGUGGCGUAAAUCGAUGUUUGAUAACGUGUGUAUUAUCGAAUCAAAUAAUAAUCGUAUAGCUGCGAUAAAAAUCUCAAAGAGUGGUUGCGAGUAUGUAGUGUGCAGUGUAUACAUGCCUACUGAUUGUAUGGAAAAUUUAGUUAUAUUUACGGAGUGCUUAGGUGAGUUAAGUGCUAUUAUUGAGAAUGCAGGGGCGGAACAUGCAUUUUUACUUGGGGACUUUAAUGCCCACCCGACUGGGUGUUUUGGAAAGGAACUUUUAUCGUUUUGCGCGGAGCAAAAAUUGAUAUGUGCGGAUAUUGAGCUGCUAGGUAUGGACUCGGACACAUUUACGUUCAUUAGUGAUGCUCAUAACAACUGUAGGCGAUGGUUAGACCAUUGCUUAGUUACGGGAGCGGCUAGAAUAACUAUUCAGGACAUUUGUGUGGAAUAUGGUGUGCACUCCUCUGACCAUUUUCCACUUGUCAUUAAUUGUAAUCUUGGUGCUUUUCGUCGCUCAAUGCCGACA